AAUAAGAGUGGUGGCUGUGCGUACGUACGUGUUGUCACUCCGGGAAUGUGUGUGCUAGGAAGUGAAAUAACGUGAAAGGGACGAAAUAUGAAACGAUAAGUCACCGCGUAGUCCAUGAAGUACAUCCAGCCUGUGAUACACACUGUGAUAAAAGAUGCUUUGUCAGCGAAAAAGCUGAUCGGAUGAAUCGUUCUUGUGUUGUGAUAUUGGCGGCGGGCCCGGUCCCCCGGCUCCCAUGAAGUGACGAUGUACGGAUACGACGGCCAGGAGGCCGGAAGCUCUUCUCAACACCACCACCUGCUGGAACCGGGUCCUCUGGCCGAGACGCGAGCGCCCCUGGCGGCCGUGUCUGGCUUCGACCUCGAGGCCCUUCUCAAGAUCGACGAUCUCAGGGCCUGGAUCCAGGAACUGGAGGCUUCGAGGAGCUACAGGUAUCAAACCCUCUACAGCGACUAUGACGACUACGACACCGUCGAUGAGGAUCGGGAAGUGGAGGAGGGGGAGGAGGAGGAGGAGGAGGAGGAUGAACAACGACAGGACGAUGACCAGGAGAAUGGUGACAAUGGUGACAUCACGCAGAAAGGAUACGAGAAAAAGAAAGCGAGACUCCUCCAGCCCUAUGUCACCAGAGACCCAAGUCAAGCCUCCCACCAUGCAGCACUGCAUGCCCAUCAGCAGAGCGGAGGUGCCAGCAGUCGCAGUCGACGCAGCGAACACCGCAGCGUCACCACUCACGAAAGGCGAUACUUGUCAGGUGCACAACAGGCAGGGGGGGCCGCUUCCCCUUCCACUCGAUCCCGACGCAGAGCCCAACGACGCCUCACCAGAAAUGAGUCCAGGUACCACUCAGAGGUGCGUCAGGAGGCUGUCAAGGAGGCCCUGGCACAGUAUCAGUCAAGACCUAAGAAUCUUCCGCUGCCAUCCAAAAGAUCAUCUGUUAUGACAGCCAGAUCACCAGACAGACAUCAUAGGGAUUCAGAUUCAGAAGAUAGUGAUGAAGACAGUGUAACUGCAGAAGGUAGUUUGGGAAGUAGUGGUGGUCACAGUGGUUCUCAGGGCACCCCUGAAGUGACACGAACCCCAUUGCUUCUCCCGCCACCACAAGUACCAUCACACAGUGGUAUGGGUACACCUGGAAGUAGCUCUGGAAGUAGUCACCACACUCCUCCACAUCCGAUGCCACAAAAACAACAGCAGCCUCUUCCACCUAUACCUCCACACAGUAAUCGGCUCAGCAAUGGUGAAGAAGAUGAGCGAACAAGACGUGAAUUAACAGAAAUGACAGAUCUCAUGCGAAAUAUUACCUCAUUUUCUCAACCUCCGGAUGUGACAAACAAUACUGGAGGAGGCAACAACCGACCUCCACGAGAUGACCGUAUUACUCGUUAUUCUGGCUUGGCUCCUGGCAGACAGUCUUCCUCUGAUUCUGACGGAUGGCGAGACGCUCUUUAUAAUUUUCCAGAAAAUUGGCGAGGUACGGGAAGAUGGAAAGUAUCAAACAAAAUUCAGCAGCUUUUAAACACACUCAAGAGACCAAAGAGAAGACCUUUACCAGAAUUCUACUUGGAUGAUGAAGAAGAUUUAGAAAUUGCUGCAAAUCCUAAGGACCCCAAUGCUCCAAAACCUGAGGGAAUGGUUAUGACUCCAGCUCGAGGAGAGCAGCUUGUGAUUCCAGCUGGGUUGCCUCGAUCUGUUGAAGAUGCCGUGUACCGUUAUGGGUCAUCAUCUGGUUAUAAAGCCCCUGUUGCAACCAUACUGGAUGCUAAUGGGAAACUUUCUGUUUCACUCACAUAUGGAAAGUUGUUGAGUAGAUCGCAAAAGAUGGCUUACAACUUACUGACCAGGUUGGGUGGGCGAGGUGAAGGAAAUGUAAUGCCAGGAGAUAGAGUUGCCCUUGUGUACCCAAAUAAUGAUCCAGUGUCAUUUAUGUGUGCAUUUUAUGCUUGUUUACAAGCUGGGCUAGUACCAGUACCUAUUGAAGUUCCUCUUUCUCGGCGAGAUGCUGGUUCUCAGCAAAUUGGCUUCUUGCUUGGAAGCUGUGGUGUAUCUGUCGCAUUAACAUCUGAGGCAUGUUUCAAGGGCAUUCCAAAAACUAGUGCUGGUGAGGUAGUGUCAUUUAAAGGUUGGCCAAAGCUUACUUGGUUUAUUACAGACCACCUUCCAAAGCCCCCUAAAGACUGGCAGAUUCCUCCUAGACACUCAGAUGACUCUGCAGCAUAUAUUGAGUAUUCCACGGAUAAAGAUGGUUCAGUGAAAGGUGUAGUUGUUACAAGGUCUGCUAUGUUGGCACAUUGUCGCACAUUGACUUCAGCAUGCAACUAUACUGAAGGAGAAGUAGCUGUCUGUGUUCUUGACUUUAAAAGAGAAGUGGGAUUAUGGCACUCCAUGCUCUGUUCAGUGUUCAAUGGUAUGCACGUGAUCUUCAUUCCCUACUCUGUAAUGAAGGUUAAUCCAGCAUCUUGGAUGCAGAUGAUUACAAGGUUUAAGGCAAGUAUAGCUAUAGUUAAAUCUCGAGAUCUUCACUGGGGAUUGUUAGCCACCAAAGAUCAUAAAGAUGUCAGUCUACAAUCUCUUCGCCUGUUGUUGGUAGCUGAUGGAGCUAAUCCAUGGUCUCUUUCAUCGUGUGAUCAAUUCCUUGCUGUGUUUCAAAGUAAAGGGCUUCGUCCUGAUGCUAUUUGCCCUUGUGCGUCAUCUCCUGAGGCACUUACUGUCUCUGUACGUAGACCUGGUCAUGGUGGAGCCAAUGCUGUUGGACGAGGAGUAUUGAGCAUGCAGGGACUUAGCUUUGGUGUAGUGCGUGUCGACCAAGAAAACUCCCUCACAUCUCUAACACUCCAAGAUUGUGGACAGGUGUUACCUGGAGCAAUGAUUGUUGUCAUAAAAUUAGAGGGCCUGCCAUUUUUAUGCCGCACAGAUGAAGUUGGGGAAAUCUGUGUGGCAGGAGGAGCUGUUGGAGAUCAGUAUUGGGGUCUCCAAGGUAUGACUAAUAAUACCUUCAAGGUGCAACCCCUAAUGCUUGACAGUACACCAAUGAAUGGCACUGCUGCCUAUGUCCGCACUGGCCUUCUAGGUUUCUUAGGACCUGGUGGACUUGUAUUUGUAUGUGGAUCCCGUGAUGGCUUGAUGACUGUGACAGGUCGUAAGCACAACACUGAUGACAUAAUUGCUACUGUAUUAGCUGUAGAACCCAUGAAGUUCAUUUACAGAGGUCGCAUUGCAGUAUUUUCUCACAAAGUUCUAAGAGAUGAAAGGAUAUGUGUCAUUGCAGAACAGAGACCUGACUGUUCAGAAGAAGAGAGUUUUCAGUGGAUGUCACGAGUACUGCAGGCAGUUGAUAGCAUCCAUCAAGUGGGAAUAUACUGCUUGGCAUUAGUACCACCAAAUCACCUUCCCAAAACACCUUUGGGUGGUAUUCACUUGUCAGAGACCCGCAAAAAGUUCUUGGAAGGGUCUUUGCAUCCGGCGAAUGUGCUGAUGUGUCCACAUACCUGCGUCACCAACCUACCCAAACCACGGGAGGUUCAUCACGAUGUUGGGCCAGCAAGUGUGAUGGUAGGGAAUCUUGUUCAAGGGAACAGGCUAGCCAGUGCACAAGGCCGUGAUAUGGGACUCAUGGAUGAUGAAGAUGGAAUGAGAAGGCAUCCACAGUUUAUAGCUGACAUCUUGAAGUGGAGAGCUUCAACAACAGAGAACCAUGAAAUUUUAACUCUUCUAAAUUCCAAAGGUCAAGUAGCUACCUCACUGACUUGUGCACAGUUACACAAGAAAGCGGAGCGUGUUGGCUGCUUGUUGCUUGAAAAAGGACAUAUAAACACUGGGGAUCAUGUAGCACUUAUAUAUCCGCCUGGAGUAGACCUAAUUGCUGCAUUUUAUGGAUGCUUGUAUGUUGGUGCUGUACCGGUUACAAUCCGCCCUCCACACCCUCAAAAUCUACAAUCAACUGUAAAUACUGUUCGAACAGUUGUGGAAGUGUCAAAGUCUUCUAUUAUUCUCUCUACCCUAACCGUUAUAAAAUUGCUCAAAAGCAAGGAGGAAAAGUUUGAUAGUGGUAAGAAAUGGGCACCCAUACUUGAUACUGAUGAUCUGCCAAAGAAAAGACUACCCUCCAUUUACAAAGCUCCAACUCCUGAAAUGAUUGCAUAUCUUGACUUCAGUGUAUCUACUACAGGAAUGUUAGCGGGUAUUAAAAUGUCACAUGGUGCAGCCACUUCACUCUGUCUCAGUAUGAAGGUUGCUUGUGAAUUGUAUCCAUCUCGAGUUGUUGCAUUGUGUUUGGAUCCAUAUUGUGGAUUAGGAUUGGCCUUGUGGGUUCUCUCCUCAGUUUAUUCUGGACAUCAGUCUAUCCUUAUCCCUCCAGGUGAAGUGGAAUUAAAUCCCUCUCUUUGGUUAUCAGCAGUAUCUCAGUACAAAGUGCGAGACACAUUUUGUUCAUACGGAGUGAUGGAACUAUGCACAAAGGGCUUAGGAUCAUCCAUAACUGCCCUCAAGACACGAGGUGUGAAUUUAGCAUGUGUUAGGACAUGUGUUGUUGUUGCAGAAGAGAGGCCUAGAGUUCAGCUUACCAGUUCCUUCUCCAAGUUAUUUAGUGGACUAGGCCUGUCGCCUAGAGCAGUGUCAACAAGCUUUGGUUGUCGUGUCAAUGUUGCUAUAUGCUUACAAGGAGCUUCUUCACCUGACCCUACAACUGUCUUUGUUGACCUUAGGUCUUUGCGUCAUGACAGAGUAACUCUUGUAGAAAGAGGUGCACCUCACUCUUUGUGUUUAAUGGAGUCUGGGAAGCUUCUGCCCGGGGUUAAGGUUGUAAUCGCUAAUCCUGACACUAAGGGACAGUGCUCUGACUCGCAUUUGGGAGAGAUUUGGGUUCAAUGUAAUCACAAUGCUAGUGGUUACUUUACAGUGUAUGGUGAUGAUGGGACUUCUAAUGACCAUUUCAAUGCCCAGCUUGUGACUGGAAGCACAGGAGAAGUGUAUGCCCGGACUGGAUAUCUAGGAUUCCUACGACGAACUGAAUCUGUGCAAGCAGAUGGAGAGCUUCAUGAUGCAGUGUUUGUUGUUGGGGCAUUAGAUGAGACAGUUAUUUUGCGUGGAAUGAGAUACCACCCAAUUGACAUAGAGAUGACGGUGAUGCGAUGCCACAAGAAGAUCUCAGAAUGUGCAGUGUUUAGUUGGACCAAUUUGUUAGUGGUGGUUGUUGAACUAGAUGGGGCAGAAUAUGAAGCCUUGGACCUUGUGCCACUCAUCACCUCAUCCGUCCUAGAAGAACACCAAGUCAUUGUUGGUGUUAUAGUUGUAGUUGACCCUGGGGUCGUUCCCAUCAACUCUCGUGGGGAAAAGCAACGCAUGCACCUGAGGGACGGGUUCUUAGCGGACCAACUUGAUCCAAUUUAUGUUGCAUACAAUAUGUAAGUCUUAACACAUAUUGCUGUCAGCCUGGUAAAAAAAAAAAAGACAUGAUAAUAUCUUCUUUACAUUUCCAACUCUCAGUAUUGCCAAGCAUAAUUGUGUUAUGUAAAAUCUCGAAAAAGUUGAAAGACAAUACAAUACUAUGCCACUAGAAAGUUGAGUGCAUCUAAUUUGUAAGAAUUUCAUAACAGUGGACAAUCACAUUUUUUUACACAGGAACUAACUAGUCCACCUAUCAGCAACAUCAUUCUUGCAAACAAAAUGUUAAUAGCAAUUCAUUUCUACAUUUAUACAUUUCGUCAGAAUCUUGUGAACUUGAACUUUUGAAGUAAAUUUUAUUAUUUACAAGUGCCAUGUGCAGCCUUUUACAAUUGCAUUUGUAGUGUGAUACAUUUCAAAUGAAUUCAGUCAUGAACUUCAGUAGAACCUAAUUGAUAGCUUGUGAUAGUGUUUGUGAAUUUUUAGAAAAGUUUUAAUAGAAAUAAUGCUACUUAGGUACGAGUGACUCUCAGAUCAAUGACCUCUGUCACUAAUCUGAGAUGGUGAUCGCCACUUUAAACUAGCCAAACAUUGUACAUAGUUUUAUCUUGGCUUUGACUCAGGCCAUUGUAAAUAUAGUAUAAAAUAUAUUCCCACUUUAUUUAGUCUUUGUGAUUUCUCAGUACUUCAUUUUAAUAUGGGUGUGCAUGUAUAUAAUAACCAGCAUAUGUGCAUACAUUGACAUGUAAGCUAAAUGCACUACACUCAAGACACUUACUUAAAUGUUAUGAACAGUAUGACUUGUUCUUAUACAUAUAAACCACUUACAUAAACAGACACAUUACCAAUUUUUCAGUGAUUAUUCAUAUUUAUUAGUAUAUAUUACACAUCUGCACUGUAUUUAAAGAUUGCAUAACCCACUUACUGUUAGUUUUUAUAGAAUAAUAGACCUUGACAUGAACUGAAUUAGCCAUCUUUUUUCUCCUGUGAACAUAUAUUUUCUGAUAAUUUUGUUAUUGUAAUAUAGGAUACAGCACUGUAAUUACCAACAUGUUUUUAAGGAGUUAUGUAAAUUGCUGUGUGUAAUCAAAAUAUCAAGGUGUGUAUAGUUUUACAUUCAUUUAAAAAUACUAUAUGAUUGAUAACUUCAAUAGUUUUUUACCAGUGUUUCAUAUAAAAUACCAUAGACAUAAUUGUUCAUUAUUUAAAAUGGUGAAAGUACUGUUUAGACUGCAAUGCAGCCUUUCUUACAGUCCUACUGAAAUUAGUUAAUUUCAUUUUUACCUACUUUGGUUGUGAAGUAAGUAAUUUUACUUUCUUGACCAAACCUUUCACGUACAAUUGUAAAUAAUGUCAUUAAAUAACCCAUUAUAACAAAAAUGGGGAUCAAAGUUAACUACCGUGUAAUUACAUUCAUCAUAUUAUUAGUUACUCUCAAUGCCUUGAAUGGUAUGGACUUAUGCUGACUUUCAGGGCACAACUCAUUCUUAAAUGUCACACGAAUAUCCUUGUCGUCAUCCUGGCCUUACAUAUCAGCAGUGCAGCCCCUCCAAUAAGUACUUGUCUUGCAAUCACAUCAUCCACAUAUUUCUAUAUUUUCACAUCUAGAAACUUGUGCCAAGUUUCCAACAUAUUUACUUUGCUCAUUUCUUGGCCUAUACAAUACUCUACACAUUUCACAUUUUUCUAUACAAAAAAGUAAUUUGUAAAGCUAUUAAACAACUACACAAUGAAUUUUGAUGCUGAGAGAUUCACUUGCACACUUACCACCUCUGUACAUUUGUAUAGUAGUAGAAUAUUUGUUACAGUCUCAAGCGCUUUAGUGAACGGCAGCUUUGAUUGUUACAAAGCUCCUAGUUCAAUCCAAUGCAUCCCUAAAACCAGCCAAACUUUCUCCCAUAUGUUUUCAAGAAAUGUUCUGGUGUCAAGAAAAUAUUUGAAUUCUGCAAUGGUGCAUUAAUAUUUUGGUAAAAUUUUUUAUCAUUUACACUAUGGGAAAUAGACCUUGGCAAACAAGAAGGGAGUAGUUUCUAGUUAUAUUGUAGAUUUGCUGAGACACACUGCACACCUUGAGAGAUGUUACAGUAUCAUAUAGAUUUUAUAUAGAGUUUAACUUAGAUUGAAACGAUUCUUUUCAUUUAUAGAUAUGAGAGUAUUUUAAAGUCAAAAUGGCUCAAUUUUAAUUUCUGCGAGUGCUAAAUGACAAUAUUUCUUGGUCAUACUUCAACUGUCUUCUGGGGUAUCUUUAAUUGUUGUAGAGUGGUCAUGCAGUUACUUGUCAUUGUGUAUUAUAAUAAAAAUAAUUGAUUUUGUAAGCUUCUGUAUAUCUCCUUAGAGUUCAUUUAUGACUGCAAUGCUUAGUGAAUAAUGGGUAUUCUUUAUAAAAAAAUUUUUUGCAUGUAUGAAUUCCCUUUUAUAGAAGUUAAGUAUCAUGUUUUUUAAAACGUGUUGUUUAUGUCCAGUUAAAGUGUAAAGUAGAAAUCAAGUAUUUAUCACAUAUUUGGACUUUUUAUAUAAAAUGAUCUCCAUACAUAUUUUCCGCAUAAAUGGAAUCUCCUUUGUAACUGUAUAUCCCUAAGUCAUGUCAUUUUGCUUUAUUAUUUUUACUGUUUUGUCUGUACAGUUAUAUGAUAACCAUUUGUUUAUAGUAAUUGUUAUUGUAAUAAUUUUCCAUGAAUAUUUGUAUAAAUGCAAUGAAAAUAAUUUAAUCAAAAUGAAAAUUUUUAGAGUGACUGAUUGGAUGAUGUUUACUGAGGCUGACAAAGUGGAGUUAUAUACUGAAACUUUGUGUGCUGUUGUAUACUGUCGCUUUAAGAAAUUUAUGGGUUCAAGAGCAGCUGUGAGUAUCCCUUGUUUUUGUAUACUGUCUCUUAAACUACAGUACAAGCAAUAAAUGUCAGAAAGAAA